UUCUCUCUUUUAUUGUGACCCUGUUACAGGCAUCAUGGUUAAGACGAACACCACCGGAUACCGCCGCGGUACGCGGUACAUGUUCUCUAGGGCUUUCAAGACCAAUGGAGUCGAAAAGCUAUCAACCUUCCUCAAGGUUUACAAACGUGGCGACUAUGUCGACAUCAAGGGUUGUGGAGCCUUCCAAAAGGGUAUGCCAUACAAGGUAUACCACGGACGUACUGGCCGUGUCUUCAACGUCACACCCCAUGCUGUUGGUGUUGUUGUGAACAAGCAAGUCAGGAAUCGCGUCUUGCCCAAGCGCAUCAAUGUCCGCAUUGAGCACAUCAAGGCAUCAAAGAGUCGAGAGGGAUUCUUGGAGAGGAGGCGAACCAAUGACAUCCUCAAGAAGCAAGCCAAGGAGAAGGGUGAAUUCUACAACAUCAAGAGAGAGCCUGUCCAACCAAGGAAAGCCCACUUUGUCAGCGCCAAGAACAACGCUCCCCAACUGAUUGAGCCCAUCCCAUAUGAGUUCAUUGCAUAGACAUGGAUGAGUGUGGUGCCUACAGUGAUUCAAUAAAGUGUACAGAAUAAUAUAAA